GAGAAUUCCGGCUGCUUUAACAACAACAGUUUUUCGCCUCAACAAGUGGUGACAUUGGCUAAAACAGAGUAAGCCAGAAGUACCCAAAAACCAAAAUACAGAAACAGAGAAUCAUGGCAGAGGAAGGAAAAGCAGAUGAGCAAUUAUUUCAGCUCCUCUCCAGUCUCCUCCACCAGGUCGAAGCAUUGACCAAUCAAGAAGAAGUUGAACUGCGUUCAAAAAUUGAAGCCCUUGGUUUAGAAGUUACAAAAGUUCCUUCAAAAUCUGCACAGCAUCUUGAUGAGCUGGAAAUAGCCAAGGAGUUGGAUAAAUUAUCCACAAAGUUGGAUGAUGUAGAUGAGAUGAUAUCAUCAGCAUUGGCUGAAGACCCAAAGGUGCAGUCACUCUUGAGUGGUACUGCUGAUGUAUGGAUGCCAGUUAUCACUGCUACUGCUGAGGAGCGUCUUAAUUUUUCUGCACCAACCGGAGAUGAUUGCUCUGAAGUCGGAGGGAAAACUUCCAAUUAAUUCCUUAAAUCUAAUGCUUAUUUAUAUGAUUCUCGAUUUUUAUUUUCAUGUUUGCCUUCUCUUCCUUAUGAAAUGAAAUGCCUUUUUUUUUUUUUUUUCAUUAAUGAAUUAUUUGUACUAGCAGGAGAUGGUUACUGCAACAAUCGACCCCUUUUCAUUAUUUACUGCACAUUUAUCAAA